GGCACGCCUAUAUAGUGUGAAGCACCGUGACCAGGUCCCGUUCUCGCCCCUUGCUCGCUCCCUUCUCACCAUGCGAGGACGCUACGUCCUCUCGAUACUUUGUGCGGCGGCGGCGCUCGCUCGUGCGGCGCCCUCGCCUGACUUUAUUGGCCGCGAGGAAGCGCCUCAAAGUCCUUCCCGUCGUGACGCGCAGAUACCCUUCGACUUUGAUCACGCAGGCGGCACAGAGGACUCGUUUGAGGUCACGGAUGGCCCUCGUUAUCCUCCUCACGAGAGCAGGACGAUCUAUCAGAUCGUAUCUGACAGCCUGGAAUUCUCAAAGUUCGCGAAGGCGGUCGACUUCGUUGACGACGUUGUUGCUUAUCUAAACGAUUCCACCGCAGAUCUGACGUUCUUCGUGGCACCGGACUACGACCACGAUCACCUUGCCACGCGGCACGAGUUCUACGGCAUCGUCGCGGCCAUCGAGGGCCUGACGAAUCGUGUCGUCGCAGAGGAUUCAGUACGCCGAGCUGUCGCGUCCCUACUCGAAUACCACACGAUACCCGAGCGCCUGAAAAUCCACGAUGCGCCUGCAACUGCAUCAUACCCGACACGGCUCGCCAUGUCCAGCUCCGAAGACAUGCGACAGCGCCUCAAAAUCGAGCAGCGCAAGCACCGCCGCGUGGCCGUCAAUGGUCGUAGAAUCAUACGGGAGCCCAUCCGUGCAUCGAAUGGAGUUAUCUACGUACUCGAUCUGCCUUUGAGCACUCCGGGCUCUGUAUACCAAGCGCUUCUGGACAGCUCAGCUUCGACCAUGCUCUCCGCCAUCAAGCACGCAGGACUAUCCGAGCUAUUCGAGUCAACCUCGUUGAUGACCGUAUUCGCUCCAGACGACCGCGCAUUCGACCACCUCCCCGAAGACCUGCGCGCCUAUCUCUUCUCGGAGGCUGGCAAACCCGCGCUGAAGAAGCUGCUGGAGUACCACGUCGCUCCUAACGUCCUCUUCUACACAGACUACGUGCAUGGCCUCGCCUUCGAUGCCAUGAGCCUUCGAAGGCCUGAGCAUGAUUUCGUCGAAACCGAGGAUGACCUCGUCGACACCGAGGACAUGGCUUCAGACCUCAUCAAUGACGAGUCGCGCGUAGAAGAGAUAUACAUCAUCAUCCAGGUCGAGCAGGACUUUGCGCUGCAGGAUGGGUUCCCCGCGGACCACCCCCAUAGUCCAAGGGACACCCAUCCCUAUGGACAUCAUGAUCACCACCCCGAGAAUCGCCAGGAGAACGCUCGCUCGCCGCGCCGUGGUGGCAAUCGCAAGCCUCGGGACCGUCGAGCGCCCGUUUUCCGCAAGGAGGAAGGUAGGGGCGAGAGGAAGGGUCGCGAGCCUCGCCCGCGUCAUGAAUGGGAAGGCGACCACCCGCCGCCGCCUCCACGCUUUGACGGACCGUGCCCUUUCCGCGGGGACCACCCACCGCCGCCGCCGCCGUUCCGUGGUGACAGCCCUCGGGAAGACCGUGAUGACGGCUCUCGGGAAGACCGUGGCGAUGGGCCUCGGGAAGACCAUGAAGAUCACUUCGACGAGUACCCACCGCGUCCGGAGCAAUUGAUGCGCGGUCCUCCUUCCGAGGAUGACGCCCGCGUGCCACCUUCCGAGUACGGCGAUCGCUUGCCACCACCUCCUCCGCCUCCGCGCCGCGGUCCUCACCCGCCGCCCCCACCGCCGGACUGCGACCGUCAUCAUCCCCGGCCUCCCUGCCGCGGCGACCAUCCCCCUCCCCCUCCUCCCCCCUUCUAUGGCGACCAUCCGGGCCCGCAUCACGACGAGGACAACCGCCGCCCGCCGCCUCCCUCGCACGGACCGCUACCGCCAUUCUGCGGCCCACUACCGCCGCCGCCGCCGCCCCCACACCACCCCGAUGAGCACCAUCGUGCACACCACCGUCCUCCACCUCCACCGCCCCCACCGCGCGGUCCUCCCCACUUCCCCAAACCCUCGCCCGACGCCCUCAUUUCCACCCUAGACGCCCAAGUGCCCACGCUAGCAGGCGCGCCUCUUUAUGCCCGCGUCGAGCGCUUUGCUCUGCCUCAUCCUCCCUUCCCUCGUGGCCCAGGGAGACAGGCGCACGACGAGCGGUACCCUGAGAGGAAGGCUUCUCGCGGCCCGUCGAGAAAGGCGCACGACAAGCCACCGCGCACCAUCUCCCGUCUCACCGUCGACGGCGUCCACGUCCUCACAUCCGACAGCGUCACCGCGAACGGCCCCAUGCAUGUUUUGUCGCGCGUGCUUUGUCCUCGACAGCGGGGUGCAGAGAACUUGGAGCAGACGAUGGUGGAUGAGCAUGUGGAUCCAUGGGCGGAUUGGGAGGACUGGCUGCCCCAGUGGGCGGAGGAGUCCUAGGCGCGUUGUUCUUAAUACCAGUAUCCAUGUACCAGAUAGCGUUGUAGAGUUCGAACGACCGGAAUGUGUUCCACUAUGUGAUCUUGAUGCGUGUCCGAG